AUGGUCACCGGCGUCUACGCAGGACUUGGUGCUCUCUUUUCCGCUGUUUUCGUAGUUUUGACUAUUCUGAAAAGCAAAAGUGCAGUUUGUAAACCAUCAGGAAAGGAAGAUUUGGAUAAGCUGAACGCCAUCGAAGGAUUGGAACUGAUAAAAGAAGAUUCUGGAGACUAUUCACAAGGUGGCGGAAGAGGGGGAGAUAAGCCGAAACCUAAAAAGAAGGGCAAAAAAGAAGUCUGA